GCGGCUACCUCUUAGGAGCUGGUCGCACGAUAUAAAACCCGAGAUUCGCCGGCGUGGCCGCCAUAAUCGCCGGCCUGAGGGAUACGGUCCGCUGUCGUGAUGUUCGUUCGAUUACCUGUCAGAGGGUUUCGAGAGUCCUGAGGUGAGGAGUGUAGCACAGUGUUGUCUUGUGUUGUGUUUUUAAGUUUGGGAUUGAUGAGCGCUGCUUCCAAGUGUUCGACGAAAGGAUUAUUCGAUUUGGGGGAUCCGAGGCGAAUCAGACGGUUCUUAUUCGAUCGCUAUCUGGGUUUUGAUCUUGGGACUGAUCCGGCUGUUUGGGUGACGGGAAAGUUGCUGGAAACUGGUUUCUCGCGGAGUAAAGGGGUGAUACGGAGAGCGGACAGGGAAAAAGACGAAUAUAUUGUCUGUUGUGAAGAAUAAACAGAGAGGGGUUCUUGUGACUGAUCAUAAAGCAUAUUUGGCAGAGCCAGAGUGAUGUAUGCUCCUAAAUACUCUUUUAUGUGCCCUUGAGGGAGUUGGGAUUCUCUGAAUUUGCAUGCUAGUCUGACUGGACGGUAAUUUGGUAGGUGGAUUUCCCAAUCGCUGAGAUCUGCAAGAUUUGCACAUUUCACUUGAAAUUACUGCUCAUAUCAGUGGUCAAGAAUUUUCCUAUCUUCUCUGCCAAUGUAAACCAUGAAAUUUGAUGGCAACCCCUUCUUUUCUCAUGUAUCGCUAGUCCACCAGCCUGAUUGUAAGCCUUUUCAAUACAAUGGUGAUGCUCAGGACACUACUGUAUCCAAGUUAGGCAACAUGAAGGAAGAUAAGAACAGAACCUUUUGUGCUAUAAAGGGCUUUGAUAGAGCUGCAGAGCCAUUGCCGUUUGAGCAUAAUUAUUCUAUUGAUAAUUUUACGAAUGCUAAUAUGAACAAGUUCCAGGAUACCAUCACACAAUGUGCAAUUCCUUCCAACAGCAAAGAGUUGUUAGAAAGGGGCAUACACUUCUACACUGAUAGAAAUGUCAUUGAAGGUGGCCGGCCAGAGUCAAUAGUCUGUUGCAAAGAACCUACUUUUCAUUUUGUCAAAGACAUUUGUGUUGAUGAGGGAGUGCUUUCUCAGGACAAGAUUUUGGUUGAGAAUAAGGAUGAGCAUACAGAUAGCUGCACCUUCCCAACUCCUGAUGGUGAUAAAAGUAGUGAACUGAGCAAAGAAAAGAGUAUUUUUAUAAUACCUGAGGAGACAAAAAUUUCAGAAGAGGACAGUAAAGGGGAUGGUGCUGAUCAAUGUGAUUCUAAGAAACCAACUCAUAAAAAUGAUGCAAGUAUUGAUGGAAAAGACAAGAUUGCAAAUGAUACUGCUGAAGAGAAUAUUACGCCUGAAAACAUGCCUUUUAAGGGAGAGUCGGAUACAGAGAAGUCCCACUCCAAGUUGGUCAAGUUUGAUGGCAAUGAAGUAGAACAAUCGUCUGCUCAGGUUCCGAGUGAGGAAGUGAACUUGGAGAGCCCUGCUCUUUCUGCAGGAGAGGAAUUGAACAGUAGCAGCAUUAUGCAAAAGCUAUCUUAUGAUAGCAAGGUGGAGAGUGGGAGCAUCACCUUCCACUUCGAUUCCGCAACACCAGCAGCAAGCAGCAGCGGGAAGCACCCUGCAAGCAAUGAUUAUGAGCAACCUCAUGAGACUCAUCAUUUGUCCAGGCUUGAUGAUAGGAUAUCUGAUUGUGGCGUCGCCCUUUCAAGCCUACUUCACCACAGCACUGGAGAGGCAAGUUUCUCUGCUGCAGGUCCUUUAUCAGGAGCCAUAACUUACUCUGGGCCGGUAGCAUAUUCAGGCAGCCUGUCUCUUCGAUCUGAUAGCAGCACCACCAGCACCCGUUCCUUUGCCUUCCCAGUAUUACAGUCAGAAUGGAAUAGCAGUCCAGUAAGAAUGGCAAAAGCUGACCAGAGACGUUUCCGAAAGCAUGGGAAUUGGAGGCAUGGCCUUCUCUGCUGUAGAUUCUAAAUGUUCUCCAUAGGUUUAAGCUCAUACUAUACCUAUCACAAUCUAAUUUGGUUCAAGUAUCUAAAAUACAUGUCCCAAUAUUUUUUCUGGCUUCGUUUGUAAUGUGCAGUAGGUUUACAGUGUCAUGCUUUAAGUUCUCCCAUACAAGCAACUUUAGAUGUAAGCAAUAUCUUAUAUUUUUAUUUGUCACCCUCGUCUAAAUUAUUAAUAUAAAAAAAUUAAUUAUAUUUCAUUCU